AUGGAGGGCGUCGUCGAGAGCAUCCCCCCCUCCCACCAGAUGGAAGACAUAUCUGAGACCAUGCCCCCCCUCCCCCAGAUCGGUGACGCACCUGAGAGCACCCCCAAAAGGAAUCCUGUGCUCAAUAAUCCUCAGCUAGAUGUCAAUAUUCCUGAUGAUUCUCAUCCUAUGCGUCAGCUAGAUAUCCCUGAUGAUCCUCUUCAUCUUCCUCUUCCUGAUCCCAUUGGUCAAAUCCUCGUCAAUGAUCACACAUACGACAUCCUUGAAGUCAUAUCUUCUAGUCAAGGGCUUGUUGGUCGUGGUACCAUUUGUUAUCUGGCAUGGAGGGGUGAUGAAGAAUAUAUUGUCAAAGAUCAUUGGGUUCUUGGGAGUAAAGUGGAUGCCUUGAACAAAGUCAAGAUGCUGCAGGCGAUGAAAGAUGUCCAUGGUGUUCCACAGUUCAUUGAUCACUGGCUUGUUGAGAUCAAGCCUGGGGAGGUUGAUCAAAUGGGGCUUUAUUGUUACAAGCUGUUGAACAGCCUUCAAGGUGCCAUCCGCACACAUGUUCAUUUGGUGUUGAAGCCUUGCACACGACCAUUAUAUAUGUUCCAGACAAAGGCAGAGUUGUUGGGCGAUAUCAUCAGAAUUCAAAAGACAGCAGUGGAAGAGAAGGGUAUUCUUCAUCGCGAUUGUAGUCUCAAUAAUUCGAUGAUUGAAGAUGACAGUAAUGGAUCCCAUGGAACCUUGAUUGAUUGGGAGUUUGCCAUGUUUAUUGCCCAGGGUCAAAAAUACGCUAGAGGUGGGACGGGCACAAUGCCUUUCAUGUCACAGGUCGCUCCUGUUCCAGCUCUCAGAGGCUCUCGCCUUAUCAUACACCACUAUGAAUAUGAUCUCAAAUCAGUCUUCUACGUCUUCAUAUGGAUCUGUAUUGGAUACAAGGGUCCCCUUAGUGUCAAGUCUGUCCUUGAUAGAAGAUACAACUGGCUGGUGCACAAAUGGUCCACCAUCACAUUCAAGGCCUGCAACGACAAGAAGACUACGUUCUUCUACCAUUCGCAUACACACAAAUUCGACGAGCAAUUCCACCCCUAUUUUAAAAACCUUGUCCCACUUGCGGUGGAAUGGUAUAAUUUGAUAAGGAACAAAGGACCGUCGAAUGCAGUCACUUUCCAGGAGGUCCUUGAUUUGUUAGACAAGCACCUUGCUGAACUUCUGAAGGAGCUUUCCCCUGAGCUUCUGUUCACAUGA